GCCCGCAUGCGCGUGGAGACGGUUGGGCUUUCCCCCCCUGCUCGGGCGAAGAUGUCGCGGUAUGGCCGUUAUGGUGGAGGUGAGUGGCGCGAGCUGGGAGAAGCGGGUGGAGAAGAGGCCGCAGCGACGCCUCUCUUUGCCUCUUUUCGGGGCCCCGCUUAGGUAAAUCCGCGGUGCCCAGGCCGUAUUCCGUGUCGGCGGCGGCGGCGAAGAAGCCCGUUAAGCGGCAAAGUGCCGCCACUGCCGCCGCCAUUUUGCACAGGCAUGGUCGCCGGCUGCGCUGAGGAGAAAGCGACCCCGGGUUCGGCGCUGUGUCGUUUCGGACGUUGGAACUGCGCCGCUGGCUUGGUGUGAGGAGGGGACUCCCCUCGGGGUAACGGCAGACGGGGCUUGUGGCCGGACCUGGCGGGGUUUGUUUUCCCUCCCUUCGGUGCUACUGACGCUGCGCGGGCAAAAUGGAGGCGGCGCCAAAGAUGGCGGCGCCCAGGGCUGCUCCGCUCGCCUUCGGCAGCGGGGAAGAGGAGAUGGGCGGGCUGGCCGAGGGAAGAAGUCGCGGCGGCGGCGCGUUUGGCGGAGCCGGCGGCGGAGGGAGGGCGGAGAAGCGGAGCCGGAGGGCGCGAAGGGCUGUUGCCGCUGUUUGCGCUUCCUCUGCCGGCUGCCGGCUGGUUGGCGCGCUUUCCAGGAGCCUCUAAUAAAGGGAGUGGCGGCCUCAUUGAGACCCGCCAACUUCCGUCGUUUUCUCCUUGAACACGCGCUUGCUUAAACUUUUGUGCCCCGAAGUAUGGGAAGUGCGCUUCUUAUGCAGGUUUUUAUUUUUAUCAUUAUUAAUUGCUUUGAGUAUCUCGACUAUAUAACACCUAAUUAGACGGACAGAAAAACUAGGAGAAAUCUUGUGCGUUUGAUACAGGGUGUCGGUAUAUUGUAAUAGUAUUAUUUUCCUCCUUGCUGUCGCUUUGACGUGGGCCCUCGGCCCCCCCAUAAGCUGCCAGCAUGGAUGCCCGAAACUUGCGUUUAUGAUGGUUGCAGCCCUGCUUUUGCGGUUCAGUGGGAGUGCAGUUUGGCAAGUGAAGUGAACAUGAAUACUUCGAUAGCAGUGAAAUUGGCUUAAGAUUAUUAAGGACGUAUGUUUUCUUGGAACUUUCUAAAAAUUAUUUUUUCUUUUGUGUGUUUAGAAACCAAAGUAUAUGUUGGUAAUCUAGGAACUGGUGCUGGUAAAGGUGAACUUGAGAGAGCUUUCAGCUACUACGGACCAUUACGCACAGUAUGGAUUGCGCGAAAUCCUCCAGGAUUUGCGUUUGUUGAGUUUGAAGACCCAAGAGAUGCUGAAGAUGCAGUUCGUGGGCUAGAUGGAAAGUACGUGCAAGUGCUAACUGGUUAUCUACACGGGAAUAAAAACUGAAUUCUGAGUCCAUAGUUGGAUUAUUAAAUAUGUGUUUCUGUUGCAGAGUGAUCUGUGGCUCUAGGGUUAGAGUGGAGUUAUCAACCGGUAUGCCACGCCGGUCUCGCUAUGAUAGACCCCCAGCACGCCGGCCAUUUGAUCCCAAUGAUAGAUGUUAUGAGUGUGGCGAGAAAGGUCAUUAUGCUUAUGACUGUCAUCGCUACAGUCGUCGGAGAAGAAGCAGGUACGUUUAGAUAUAAGGAGAUUUGUUUUCAGCAGUUAAUCAUAGUUUUUAUUAGCAAAGAAGGUAAUGAUACACCAUUUUAAAAGUAAAUGUUAUAAUUUAUGUGGGUAUAUUACAAUUGUUUAUAUUUUGUGUUACUAUGUUAAUAUGUUAAUAAUCAACCUGGUCAAAACCUUUCAGGUUUCUUCGUUUGAGUCAGUCGCCUUGAUUCAGAAUGUCACGAGCCUUAAGAUUUCAUGCUGAGGCGCCUUGCAAAUCCGACAAUUAAGAUCCUCCUAGACCUUGAGGUGAUCAGCAUAAGAGGCCAGAUCCCCUCGAGCCAUCUACACCUAGCUUCACCUUAUUCUUUAAAGGGCAGAAAAAUUGAGACGGUGAUCGCCGUAACAGUAAAUUUGGCUUUCAAUUGGGGCCCCCUCCGGUUUAAAAAGAGGAACACCAGAUUGACCACAUUCCCACCUAGAAAAAUCUUCUUGCGUCAAUCAAGCCUCACCUGGCUCAUUUGGCUGUCAGUUUGAUCGUCGUUAGAUUGAAGAGAACACCUAGAUGCAGCGGCCGGCUAUAGAUACUUCUAGAUCGUCUAGAUCUGCUAGACCUUGGGCCAAAGAGGGUCGACCUGCAAACUUGCAAGGUUUAUUUUAAAUACACAUUACAGUGUUUUAUAUUAUGAUUGUAAUUCUAAAAUGUUAUUCAGUUUAACAUCUUUUUUAGGUAGUAAAAAUACUCAAGACAUAGGCCCUGAUUUUUUUCAACGUACAAGACACUAAUUUUUAAUUAUCAGAUAUUUUGGCUUCGGCAAAGGCUCACAUGUUAACUGUUGACCUUGUGGUCUAAUACUUUUCUUAUCUAACCUAAAACUAGGUCACGGUCUCGAUCUCAUUCAAGGUCCAGAGGAAGGAGAUAUUCUCGCUCACGUAGCCGAAGUCGUGGCCGGAGGUGAGCAUCAAAAUUGGAGCAUAGUGCUUUAGUUUAAGAAUCAGAAUAGCAUAUUUGUAACAAACACCUUUCUUUUAGAUCCAGGUCUGUCUCUGCUCGGAGAUCAAGAUCACUCUCCCCUCGGAGAUCAAGAUCUGUCUCGCCACGCAGAUCCCGUUCAGGUUCUUUAAAAAGAUCAAGGUAAUUUUGCUAAUAAGCUUAAUGUUCAUGGAGUCAAUUUAAUUUUCAUUAGUAUCUUAGUACUUUUACCCCAUAUUCAAAGCAGCUUACAAAAGAAAAAGGAAUUGUAGGCAACAUUUAAACCAUAAAUCAACAAUAAAAUCCUUGAUCGAAUCAAACAUAUAUCUCUAAAGAAAAGCACAUCUGGGCAUCAUAUGUUCUAAGUUUCCUCCAGAAUGAAUAGAAUUAAUGAACUUUGUAUAUUGCUGUGACUGCAUCUCUACAACCUUGUUUCAUGACAGCUUUCAUUCACCUGCAUAGAUGUGUUAAGAGCUUGGAAUUGAGUAUCUUCUCUUUAAAACCUAGGUCUCGGUCAAGGUCAAGAUCCAGGUCCAGGUCUGUUUCACGACCCAGAAGCAGGUAAACAUCGAUGCUUUGUAAAAUAGUAACCAGUAAUUAGCUAAUUUUUGUGAAAUGGGCAUUUUUCUAAAUGGUAAUCACUUCCAAAUGCCUCUUGCAAUGUUUUAAUUGAAAGCAUCAAAUGUCUACUGUACACACAGGCUUAUACUAUGAAUGCGAGUUCAUUUAGCCUACUCUAUGCAUUUAAGUAGUUUAGAAGCAAUCUUUGUGGUUCUCGAGUAUUCAGCAUCAAAAUAACCAGUUGCAAGAUAUUACCAGCUUCUUUCAUGCUUUUAUUUUAAAACAGAUAAAUCAUGGCUAUAGAUCAGGGGUAGUUAACCUGUGGCCCUCCAGCUAUUGUUGGCCUCCAACUCCCAUCAGUCUCAGUCAGCAAAGGCUGUAGUCAGGGAUGAUGGGAGUUGUAUUCCAGUAACAUCUGUAGGUCCACUGGUUUCCCUCCCUGGCUGUAGGUACUGGAUCAGUCUAGUGUUUGCUAAUGUAAUGUAAUUGAUGCUGUUUUAACAGCCGUUCCAAAUCAAGAUCACCAUCUUUAAAGAGAAGGUAAGCUGAGCCUCUGAAGGAGACAUAUUGCAUUUUACGCAGAUAACAAUCGAAAUAAAGUUUAUAACAGUGUUGUAUAUCCUGGAUUCACAGUUUUACAUUUAAAACAUUAAAAUAAUUGUUACUAAAUGUUAAAAUUCCUACAGAGCUGUGAUUUGUUUAUAGUUCUUUAUAAUAGUUUUUAGGUUAUUUUUUAAAAAAGUGAAAUAAUGGGAGAUACCCAUGAAAUAGGGUAAAAGCACAAAAACUGGCAUCUUCUGUUGGGAAAGUGAGUGAUUACUAUUCACUCAGGGUCUGAGGAACUGUGGCAGGCCACUUAAGUGUAAUAAAAAUUUGCUCUUAAGCAAAUUUAAGAUUUAACCAAAGUCCAGAACCAUUCUCAAAAAGGGUGUUUAAUAAUAAUAAUACAGCAUAUUAAUAAUAAUGGAGCAUAUUACCUGGCUAUGUUAAUGGACAAUAAAUGUAAAUGGCUCAAAGGUUAAACGGAGAAGGUUUAUAGUUGUGACUGAAACCUUCAGGAAAUUGGCAGGACAAUCUAGACAUUGAACAGCAGCUAGCUGUUACUUAAUAAUAGUAGACUGUGUCAGAAUUUUUAGUUCCUCGUGAGUAUAUGUGUUUAAAAGCAUUUUUACUUGAUUUAAUAUUCAGUCUUGCUUUUUCAGUUUUGAUAUGAGCCAUUUAUAUCCAUUCUCCAUUAACUCAGGGUAAGUAUGCUUCUUGAACACUGCAAGAGAGCUUGGUAAUACUUCCUGUGGGAAUGGGGGUGCAUGCAAACUUUUAAGUUUGCUUCAAUAUUUAACAUUAAGAGCUUGUAGCCUUCAAUUCCAACUAACUUCCUCUUCUAAAGCAGCAUCCAAAUAGGUGCUAGGAUUAAAAUUACUAAUGUGCAGGUAGCAUGGAUCCCCUUUUAAGAACACUAAUCUAUUAAUUUCCAUUUUUUACUAAUUUUAACAUUGAGUAACCUAGUGACUUCGUUUUUCCCCCUUUUUAUUUUUAGUCGUUCGCCAUCAGGAAGCCCUCGAAGGAGUGUGAGUCCUGAAAGACUGGAUUAGAAUUGCAAAGAACAUGAUAGGAAGAAUUUUGUUUACGUUAUUUUAAGGGAUUUCUUUGGUGUUAUUGACAAAUGUAAGGAUUUAGUUGAUUGAAAACCUUUUCUAGGGCUAACGCAGCGAGGAUCUUGAUCUUCUAGUAAAAUCUGUAAAAGCUGCUACAUUAGACUAGUGCACAAUUUCUGUAUGUAAUAACAUCCUGUGAUCUGAAAAGUGGGUCUUUUUAUGGGCACAUGAAAUAAAAUGUGUAUUUCUAACUUUGCUGUAAUGCUAUUUGCUUCUGUUAAUCAAGUGCAUGUUAAAAGCAGAUUACAGAUACCUUAGUGUUGUACACAAAUACUGUGCAAGGGUAUUGGCUAAAAAUACUUGUGAAUACCACUAGGCUGCGGGCAUCAAGCUUAAGUGUGACAUUUAAUUUGGUGCUUCAGGCUUUCUGGGGUGUUAUGACUUGCAAAGGUAUUUUUAAGGAAGCUGCUUGUCAAUCUGAUUCUGUAAUGGUAUUUAAACAACUGUUGGAGUUUGAUCUGUUAACUUGUAAAAUCAAGUUGGCUUGCUUAGCAGAAUACUCUUAUGACAUACCACCGCAGGCACAAUUACCUUAAAUGAGGCCACCUUAAGUUGUAUUCAAAUUGCCAUUUUGUUUGAGUUCUAUCUGGGAUACCAAGAAAAUAGUGUAAGCAAUGGGCUUUUCCGAAGAUGUUUGGAUAGAAGGUAACAGUGAAUUAGGCACAUCCUAACCUGAUUCAAAGCAGAAUCUGAUCUUGUGAAAGUAGUUUCUAUCUCAUACUGCUAGGCUCCCUGGCUCACUUAUUCAGUUCACUCAUUCUUUCUCCCUUAAUGAAAACAGGAAGCUCGUUUGAGGACUGUUUUAUCUGAAGCAUAAAUUGCAUUUUAGCUUCCAUAGCAGGGCAAAAUUUAGCUGUAAUUGAGCAGAAUCAAAAUGGCAAAGGAAGAUGCUGAAAACAAACUUCAAUCGUACACCUUUAUCAAACAUACAUGUCUCAUCUGGAAAUGCCUGCUGCUUAACUGCAAUGCCAAUAUUGCAUAAGUUAGCUUCUAAUCUAAAAUUCAUAGAUAAAUAUAACAUACUAAACCUAAGGUUGAACAGAGUGUAACAUCUGCUUAACUUCUAUGACAGAACACAUAGAUGGGACUUGAGUGACAAAGGGCUGAAAUACAAUACCCAUUAGUUAGAUGAAAGUAACUUCAGUUUUUGUUUUAAACUGUCUUGACAUGGCUAUAUUUAUGAUACUAAAUGAAUAUGCUGUUUCUGAUAAAUAAAAAUGCUUAACAUUUUCUAAUCAAGAAAGUUGCAUGCUCACUUUCACAAUUGGCAAUCCUUGUGAUCUCAAUUUUGAAUUACUGUAAGCUAUUCUACAAAAAAAAUCUGUAUAAUCUUGCUAAUUUAGAUUGUUUCAGUGAUGUAUACUCUACUAACCUUGAAUUGGUUGUCUGAAUAUUUCCUGCACAGAAGAUAGUUUGUUACAUACUAUUUUCACUGAGUUUAGAAUUUUGGAAUAAUAAUUGUCUAAAAAUCAAGGUGGGAAAAGUUUGUAAGAUCAAUUAAAAAUGUUAGUUGCCUAGUGCAGUACCAAACACCAUCCUUAAAUACAACCCAUUUUCUAGUAAAUUUUCCUACUCUGAGUAAACUCAUGAGUCAGGACUUACUUAGUAAACUCUGAAAUUAAUGAUCCUAUGAAUAGGACUGAGUUGAAUACAACCCAAUGGGCAGGAUUCAACUAACCUGUCCCAGCAGCAGGAGCUCUGCAAGGGCAGGCCUGAAAGAGUGAGUCCCCUCCUCGAGGGUCAGGAGAACACACACGGAGCAGCGGGAAGAAUGGUUCUACCUGCCAAGCCAAAAUACUUGUGUUGAUGUUUUUAUUUUCAGCCAAAAGGCAAGCAGCAGUUGACAGACAAAUCUGUAUUCUCAAUGCCGCAACAAAAUACUUUCUCAGAGUUUGGACAGGGGCGCAGAUGUUUUGUAGUGGGGGAGACAUAACAAUAGAUAAGGCCCUUUCUAACUCUUCCUGUUUAGUGUUCUUACCUUAAAAAAACAAAACAAAAAAAUCACCUUUGCCCCUUUAUGAGUAAAGAAAGGGCUGUGGGUGAGAGUGGAUUAUGACAGGCUAUGAUUUAUCACAAGCCCGUCAGUGAUGUUCAUUAGGGGUUGGGCCAAAGGUGAGAAAGCUGACUGUUCCCACAUUCAGUUGUGCUGAGAACUACACAAAGAUGGUUGUGCUGGGAGUAGCAUGCAGCCGUCAUGCAAUGUCAUCUAUUAAUACUGCAGGUCACAGAUGAGGCUUAGGUCUGGAUUCCUGUUCAAAAAUCCCCCAUACCUCUUUAAGUUGCAGCAAAGGUCAGUCUACUGAAGUUGCCUCUUCCCAUGCCAAAUCAAGCACUCCAUUAGAUGCAGAAGCUUAAUGCACACUGGUUUCACUUUGAAAUGUUUAAAAAGUUUGCACAUGAAGACAGACUUGCAUUAGAGCAGGAAGUCGUCGUCCGUCUGUCCCCCCACUCUUCAGGUGCAUGCCAGGGAUCUACAACACAGCAUUUUAUAGCAGGGCCCCACCUGUAUAUAGUAAGUCUCCAAUUUUUAUGUAGCCAAAAUAGUACCAUGCAUGUAGAAAAGAGGUAACAGCCUUGCUGGCUGAUGGGAAACCCAUCAGUUACCUGGAAGCUUAAUGGGAAGCACCCCACCAACAUACUAACAGCAAACUUGGGUACUGAAUUAAGCCUAUUUAGCAUCACAAAUGGCUACUGAGAAACCAGCAAUAUAGGCAUGUUUAGAGAUACUUCUAGGUAUGCAGAAGAAAAAGGGAGCAGGAUCUUCAGUAUAGCUCACUGAGGACAAUAUGUUCAGUAGCCACUGCUGUUUGUCCUGUAGUGGAAUAGAGAAUCCAGAAAGGACAUGUCUGCACUGAACAGCAGCAGUUAACUUUUUUUUACCAGUGCCACUUGUCUAUUUGUUAAUGAUUCAAAGCACUUCAUUUGCAUUCUCAUUAAUCCUUGCAACUUUACUGAAUUCCAAACCAAUACAAGCUUUUAAACAACUCUUCACAGCUCUUGCAUUUAGAGUCUAUUUUAGACCCAAUGCAAAUGUAAUACCUUUACCAUUGCUAAGAAAUCAGGGUGGGGAAGAACUGUGCCAACAUCCUUAGCAAUAGUAUAUUGAAGUGAAUUUACAUUUUAACAUGAUUUAUUUCUACUAUUUCCACCUGCCUUUGAACCAGUAAGCUCUCAAGGGGGCGGUGGGAGAGAAAGGUUGCCUGUAUAAAAUCUUAAGUCUAUGCAGGAUGGUGUCAAGUAGACUUCUUGAGUACAUGAAGACACAUUUGAUCCUAAAACAAACAGUCUAGAAUCUUUGAAAACUACCUUGUUACAGAUUGCUACAAAAAAAUCUUGGUCUUUGCUUAAGCUACAGAGAACUUGAAACAAGUUGUGGUCUUGUAUUCCUCUCCUGGGUGCAGCAGGCUAUCUGGGAAAUUAGGCUGUAAGAAUAAAAAAUAAAACUCAACAUUUGUCCACUUAUAGAAGAAAAAUUGCUUGCAUCUAGGGUUUUGUUCUAUUGCAUUUAGAACAAACCAUUACAAAAUUGGGAGUCAAAUCCUUGCCAAUCUAGUGCAAAUCAUUCAUAUAUACUAGCAGAACCUGAUCUACCUUUGGCAUGUAACCACAAGCUUUCUACACACAUACAUAGUAUACUUGAAUUGGUUCACAUUUGAUUAAUCAACUUUUGGUGUUUUGAGCUUGCAAUCCUGUACAUACUUAGAACUGAGUGUAAAUUUAUACUGUGAGCAGUUAUGCCUAGGAAUGCACUGUUAGGUCUUGAAAAUGCAGAGAAAUUGCAAAGGAGCUGUGCCAUUUUAGAGUGGCGGGGGAUCACCUACUACAAUGUUUUUCUAUUGAUCUAAAAAAACUUCCUAUGCACAGAAAAGCAGCCUUGCUCUGCAUAGCUAAAUGUCAUCUACCUGCAGUCAGAAAUGAGAUAAUCACAGAAUAGCUGUACCAUGUGAUUUCAGUGCUUAUGCAGAUCCACCCAUUACUGGUUUCUAUGUUCUUCUGAGCAUCCUCAAAAUGAAAUCUGCAAUAAACCAUUGAAGCUGAGCCCCAAGACAGUUUUGUGUAGCUUCUAUUCUUUGUGGCCCCGUGGUCAUAUAAAACUUAAGAAUGUACCUGGUUCACUGCAUUUGGCCAGUUCUGUGUUUCCAGGCAGAAGCCAGAAUGCUUGGGAUACACACAGCCUCCUUUUCCCUUUAGAGUGCCAUCUAAGAAAUUCCCAGUGUAAAAUUGAAUCCCGGGCUGAGUUGUAUAAACCUCUAUCAUUCUGCCACUAGGGGGAUGGUGGGCUCUGUAAAAAGAAAGUAUCUGUUAAUUAAAUUUCUAGGAGUCUGUAGGCCUUUGGUACUCUGCAUUUGGUUAUGUGUAGUGGUAGCCAGCAGCUCUUAAUAAUAGAUAGAUACAUGGGAAACAGCACUUGGGUGCAAGGAAGGGGCUGUGCAAAUUUUAAAAGAAGUCACUUGGUCACAUCCUAAGAUGCAUUUGCCUUUUAGUUGCCUCUUUCCAUAAAUACAUGAUAAUGCAUCACAUGAUAAUUCCAAGAGACAACAAAAUACUUACCUCCCUGAUCAAAUUGUAGCCAGAGAGAACAGACUGUGGCUUUGGCUCACAUCCGUGCCAUAUCGAAAGUCACAUUUAGCCAGUUCAGUGGGUCCAGGCAGGGUGAGCAUCAUGUUGCCAAAGCUCACUAGCUGUGCUGGCUCAAGUUCCUUAUGUGUUAUCACAGUACACAAGGUGGAUUAAGAGCAUCCUGCACUACCAGCCUUCCACAAGUGAAAUUCGCAAGAUCUGUGAAAACCUGAGCAUGGUUCAAAGCAAAAUACUGUAGCUUACUGUUAACACUUCCCCCAAAUCUCAGGUGGGAAGGUAUGGAAGUUAAAUUAUAUAAAUCACGCAUUUUCCUCCACAUUGUACACUUUUGGCCUUCCUACAGAAUGGAACUUGGAGGACAUCAUUUUAAUUAUGUAAUUGAUUUGUCUAAUCACAUCUAUGGAUGUCUAUACUUGCAAUCCUUGUCAUUUAUUAAUUUAUUUACUGUUUAUUGCCAAAAUAGGCUUCUAAGCAAUUUGCAAGUAUGUAAAUCAAUUACACAAGCAAUCUAUACUGUAUAUUAAAAUCAACCUUAAACAAGACCAGAGCAUUUUCUGUAGCAGCCCCAAUGCUAUGGAGGGUCAUAUCAGGUAUCUGCUUGCUUUCUGCUAACAGGUGAAGUUAUCCCAGUUGACCUUUGAAAACUGAAACUGAGGACUGCUUCCCAUGUUUUACAGUGAUUUUGUUGCCUUUUCUUUUGUGGCUUAUGGUUUUAAUUAAAUGUUUUGAUGUUUUUAUUGCUUUAUUUUAAAUCUGUAAAGCCCUAUGAUAUAUUUUAUGAACAGCAGUGUAUAAAUACUUUUAAAUAAACUGGGAGAAGGAAGAGCAUG